AUGCUGAAGGGUGCCACAUUGGGUAUCCCCGCGUUGGGUUUCAACAUCGCGCGCUACAACAUCGGCGGUUCCAGCAAGAAUGUUAUUGAUGACGCUGGAACUGAAAUCGCGAUGAAGACAUCGCCAAACAUGCCGGCGUUCAAGUUCAUCGAGUCGUUUUGGCUGGACUGGUCCAGCAAUCAACGCAAGAUGCUCGACUUGGCCAUUGAGCGUGGCGUCGAUGUCGCGGAGGCGUUCUCUAACGCUCCGCCAUGGUGGAUGACGAACAACCACGCCACCGCAGGGGGAGACGACGGAAGGAAGGACAACUUGCAGACCCGGAAUCAUGACGCGUUCGCUCUGUAUUUGGCUACAGUGGUGAAGCAGGCCAAAGACAACUGGGGGGUCAACUUUACGUACCUUGAGCCGUUCAAUGAGCCCAUGAGCACGUGGUGGACGUACCCCGGCAAGCAGGAGGGGUGUCACUUUGAAGUGAAGACGCAAAACGAUGUUCUGCUCCAGUUACGCAGUUACCUUGACAAGCUUGGACUGAAAGAUGUUGUCAUCGCGACGUCGGAUGAAAACUCGCCCUCGAUAGCGCUCUCCACGCUCACAACGAUGUCUACAAGCGCCGACGUGAUGGCCACCUUCGGUAAGACGCUGUGGGAUUCGGAGUAUGGCGAAAAGGACGCGACAGGACUGAGUAUGGCUGAGUCCAUUGCGUUGGAUAUUAACCAAAUGGGGGUGUCGGCAUUUGUGUACUGGCAGGUACUUGACGGUGGAGGUUGGGGCCUCAUUCAAUCUAGUCCUGCUGAUAACACCAUCAGUACGCCCAACACCAAGUACUACGUUCUCGCGCAAUACUCACGCCACAUUCGCCCCGGCAUGACCAUCUUGUCGACCGAUGACGUGAAAACUGUCAUGGCUUAUGAUGCAGCAUCGAAACUACUUGUGGUUGUCACGGUGAACACGGCCAAUGCGCCCUCUAAGGUCACUUUCGACUUAGCAAGCUUCAAAACAGCGGCAGGCCCGAUCACGGCCUGCAGCACGGAGACGAGCGGUACGGGCGCACUUUACAAGCCGUCGAAGGUUGAGAUUUCUGGGUCGUCAUUUAGUGCAUCGAUUCCGGCUGCGUUGGUGAUGACGUUUGAAAUUCAGGGAGUUGCUGUGUAACUUGCUUUGCCGAAUGCGGUUGGUACAUGUAAUGUUACAUACCAACUUGGUAUUCACCAUUUGUCCAACC